AACUAUUAAUUCAUGUGUAUUUAACAAUUAAAUAAGUGAGAAAAAAUUAAAUCAAUUCAAUUUUUUCUCUAAGAAAGUGGAUCUAUAACCAUCCUUAACCACAUGUAUGGAAAAGAAUUCUUUGAAGAGACAAAAUUGGUCUUGGACUAUCAGCUAAAAAUAUGCUACCAAUAUGCCUUUGAAUAAUUUUAAAAUCUGGACCAAAAUCAAACUCUAGAACAAAACAGAUUUGUGCAUUCUAUUAAGGUUACCAUACUCCAUUCAUGAGUAAUGAUAAUAAACCAUUCAAAAAAUAAAUCAAAAUGUUAUUUGAGUUUUGGAGUGUACCUUGUUGAACAAAUAACAGCUUUCUCAAAUCCUAAACGACGAUGACGAGUGUCAAAACGGUGACGCUGUUGAUCAGAGCGGCGAGGCCAACAUUCCGCAACCAAAACGACAAAAUCGCCUUCGCCGUUCACUCUUCCCUCCUCGCCUCCGGCUACGUCCUCACCGCCACGGGUUCCGAUGCCCUCUCCGACGCCGCGCUUUCCGACCCCUCCAACGACGAGGUCUCCGUCGAACACUGGAACGACCUCAACGACGGCGAGUAUGCGUUCGUUUACGCCGCCGUGGAUCCGGAAAUAAAGGAGAAGAAGAAUGUGCUCGUCAAGUGUCUCGCGAUGAACGACAAAUUGGUGGUUCAUGCUCUGCGUUUAGGGGAUUCGGAGCCUCUGUAUCUCCAGAUCAAUGUUGGCGACUACGCCGCCGGAGAAGAUGGUGGUGGCGGAAGAAAUUAUGUUGAGCAGCAUUUCAAGGAUUUGGAGAAGCUGCUGAAGAGAAUUGAUUCUGUGAUCUUGUCAAAAUUACUUGGUUGGCCUCCUCCUCCGAUUCCCCCUCCUCCUCCCGAAAUCAUAUUUCCUCUUCAAAUUCCCCCACCUCCUCCUCCUCCUCCUUGUUCGAUUCCCCAUUCUCCUCCUCCUCCGUAUCCGAGGGGUGGUGGGAGCAUGCAUGUGGACCCUAAGGAUCCCCGUUGGUUUGGUGGCGGUGGUGGUUUUCGUGGAGGGUUGCCGGUUGUUCCUCCUCCUCGUCCCCCUCGCCUUGCGCCUAGCGUGCCUGGUUUUGAGCCCAACAAAUUUGCAAGGAACCCUCCUCCUCCUCCUCCUCCUCCUCCUCCUCGCCUUGCUCCUCAAUUUGAGCCCAACAGAUUUGCAAGGAAUCCUCCCCCUCCUCCUCCUCGUUGUCCAGAUUUGCAACAUUUUCGUAGAGAUGCUGAUUAAGCUGUGGUGCUCAUAUUAAAUUCAAAUUUCUUUCAAGUUACUUACAAGGUAGCACCGAUAGUUAACUGAGUUUCUUAGGCAUUUAUGAAGAAUGAUUUGUUACUUAGAAGGCAGCGCCGAUAGUUAACUGAGUUUCUUAAGCAUUUAUGAAGAAUGAUUUGUUAGAAGAGUUUUACUUACUUAACGUGAUCAUGCGUGGGAAUACUUUGAUGAAUGUUUAACCGUUACAUUUAUCAUUUGAGGACAUUGAAUUAAAACCUUGAAAUUUUCAAUCUCCUCAUUCUCUACCAUUUACCUAAAGUGAAUUUUAGGGUUUAGUGUAAUGUCAAAUGAGUAGGCAAAUUGACAUGUACACAAAUGGUCGUUCAUUUGAACAUUUUGAUGGGUUUAUCAAUAUGUUUUGCAUUUCAGAGUAAAUGGGUAUCAUGAGAAUGGUUAAUCUUUUGAUGUCAAUUGUUAGAAAUUGUUAGAACAUGAUAAUUAUGGUUUUGCACAUUGAAUAAACUUUGGGUUGAAUGAGAAGCAACACAAACAAACCCACAAG